AUGAUAAUUUUUAUUUGUUUCUUUGAAUUCCAGUCAUAAAUGAAACAUCAUUAUGAAAGUGAUGAGGACGAUGAAGAGUUGAAAAUAGGAGAUAUUAUCUAAGGAAGAUUCAGUAUAAGUUAGAAAAUUGGAGAGGGUUCUUUUGGGCAGGUUUAUAAAGUGAUAGAUCAGAAAAGCGGAGAUUAGGUGAUGGCAAUGAAAGUAGAAGUAGAGGAGGAGGAUUAUAGUAUGUUGGAGAAGGAAAUCAAAGUAUUGAUCGAAAUGAGAAAAAAAACUGGAUUCCCUUAAAUAAAGUUUUAUGGAUAGGAAAAGAGAUUCACAUAUUGCAUAAUGACAAUGCUCGGAAAGAAUUUAGAAUCUGUAGUAAGAAAGUGUGGAGGCAAUUUUGAUUUGGGGACCUCAUUAAAGAUAGCAAUUCAAAUGAUAGAUAGAAUCGAAACCCUCCAUAAUUGUCGCUUUUUACAUAGAGACAUUAAACCUGAUAAUUUCGUACUUGAGGCAGGGCCAUCACCUAAAAUAAUUUAUCUGAUUGAUUUUGGACUGUCAAAACACUACAUUAACUCCAAAGGGGAUCACAUAUAAUAUAUUAAGAAAGCAGGUUUGAUUGGAACUGCCAGAUAUGCUAGUAUAAGUGCUCAUGAUGAAAUGGAGUAAGGAAGGAAGGAUGAUUUAGAAAGUAUAGGAUAUGUGUUGAUAUAUUUGGCAAGUGGAACUCUGCCUUGGAUGAAUCUGCAGAUUGAAUAGAAGGAUUUAAAAUAUGCUAAAAUUCACCAUAUGAAGAAGACAAUCAAACCAGAUGUGUUAUGUGGCAAAUUACCAAGGUGUUUUACAAAGUUCAUGUAAGAUGUAAGAGGCUAUGAAUUUAAAUAAUAACCAAAUUAUUAACUUUUGAAGAGUUAUUUUUAGGAGGAAUUGGAGUAGAUUCAAAAGGAACGAAAGGGAUAAUUUUAGUAUGAUUGGGAGAAACUACCUGAGUACUAAUAAAAGAAGAAGCACCUUACAGUUCAUAUAAUGUAAUAAAGUAGCAAAGAGGAAAAGGUUAAUUUGGUCAAAUAGAAAGAACCACCUAAAGUAAUACCUCAAACUUUCGAAUAAAUUAUGCAAGAUACUAAGAAAAAGAAAAGUACUAAAAAAACAACUAGUCACAAGACAAAGAAGAAAGAUCCAAUUAUGAUAAAUAUAGCAGAACCUGAAAUUCCUGCAUAGAUGCCUUCCUUUGGAAAUUUAAAUCUAAGACCCUAUCCUUAACAAAAUUCAUUUUUGCAAAUACCUCAAUUAAACUCAAGUGGAUUGAUAGAUUAUUUGCCUUCUUUAAAUCCCUCAGUUGCCACAUCUAAAAUGAAUAACUAUCAUCAAAGUGAAGAUGUAGUUAGUGAGGGUAGAUUGCCAAUUUGGGAAUUGGGAGAUGGUCAAAUCCCAGGAUUUCAAAAAAUGAUUGGAUAUGUGACCAAAGGGAUAAAGAAACCAAAUGCUGAUUUUUAAAGGAAAAAUAGAAAGGCUCACACAUAGAUUGAUACUAUUAAAAAGAUGUCUUAAAAUUUAGUUCAACCUAAAACGAUAAAAGGAGAUGAUGAAGGGAUUCCUGAGGGAUUAGAUUGA